CAAUUGAUACAGAUCCACCUCAACACAAAGAUAUGGGGCUCUUGUCCUUUGGUAUGCUCUUGAACACAGAACAUAGUACUAAUAUAUUAGAGAAAGGUCCGGCUGCUGACAGUGUACAGGCUACAGAAUUUCGUAGGUUUUGGGGCAAUAAGGCUGAGCUGCGUCGCUUCCAAGAUGGCUCACUUUGUGAGGCUGUGAUCUGGCAUGGGGACUCUCUGUUUGAAAAACGCCUUAUUACUGAGAAAAUUGUCAAACACCUCUUGCAGCUGCAUGCUGAUAUCCCAGAGUCCUCAGUAAAUUAUGUUGGUGGUUUACUGGACAGAAUUCUACAAGUAGGACGAAAGCUAUGCAGAACAGGCGAGGAAGAGAGCAUGAAAAUCACCCAUGCAUUUGAUGAUCUGAAUCGUAAGCUGUGGAACCUGGAAGGCUUGCCCCUUACAAUAACAUCUGUUCAGGCAGCUCACUCUUCUCUGCGACAUACUCAGGUUUUCCCUCCUUUGCCGAUGAACCUGGACUUAUCUUUUUUCCAAAAAGAGAAAUUAGACAACUCACUCUUGCCUCUUGAGGAAAAGCCAUGCCCAGCAUACAUCCCGGCCUUUCAAGUAAUCUGCCAUAUGGAGGGCAGUGGGAAAUGGCCACAGAAAAAGGAAGCAAUCCGCCGGAUCAAGGCAGCAUUCCAUAUUCGACUAGCUGAGCUCCUAAGGCAACAGUAUGGCCUAAUCUGUCGUCCUGCUGUUAAUGCUUUAGAUGUUUAUAAGGACGGCUUUGUAUUCCGUGUGCAGGUUGCUUAUCACCGUGAGUCACACUUUCUGAAGGAAGGUUUGACCUCAGAUGGGAUGGUACAUUACUGUAACGCAAAGGAAGCAUUGAAGCUGGAACUGGAGACUGUGCACAUGCCAUUGUUGACAAAUGUGCUAAAUGGGCUACAGCAGCAACACUCCACCUUUGGAACAACGGCCCGUCUAGCAAAACGCUGGAUUGGAGCACAUCUGCUGGAUGCCUGCUUAAUGAGUGAUGAGGCUGUGGAACUGUUAGUAGCAUCCCUCUUCUUGCACCCUGCCCCAUUUAAUACCCCCAACUCCCCACAGGUUGGCUUCAUUCGCUUUCUGCUAUUGUUAUCAAGUUUUGAUUGGAAAAACAAUCCACUAAUUGUAAAUUUCAAUGGAGAAUUUUCAGAUGCAGAGUACACAGAAAUUAAAAAUUACUUUGUUUCUACACGAUCCAAUCUUCCUGCCAUGUUCAUUGCUACUCCUCAAGACAAGAAAAAUUCAGUGUGGACAAGGGAAAGCCCUUCUGUGCAGAUCUUGCAAAGAUUAAUCAUGCUUGCAUCUGAGAGUAUACUGGUUCUUGAGAGACAGCUGAGUACCCCGUGUUCUUUCCAAGAUAUGAAGGUUGUGUUUCGCUCGCCUUUGAACAUCUAUGAUGUGCUGAUUCAUUUAAACCCAAAGCGAGUUCCUCGUCAAGCACAGGCCAUUGAUAUGCCAACAGUUACCUUUAGCAGAGGAGCUCUAUUUAGUGAAGCUGCGGGCACAAAGGCCUUCAUGCCCAUUGUGGAAUUUGAUCCUGUCUCCAUAUAUCUGAAGGAGCUGAGGGAUGCUUUUGGAGAGCUGGCAUUGUUCUUCUGUGAUCCUAAUGGAGGCCUAAUAAUUGCUGUUUUGUGGAAACCACAGGCAUUUUCAAAACAGACAUUCCGGGCUUCUCACAUGAAUGCUCGUCUGGUGGAAAUUGGAAGCAAUGGUGCACAAACAGUACCUAAUGUGGAAGCCAUUUUAGAGGAUUUUGAAAUUCUGGGGGCAGGGCUUGUUGAGAAAUUGGAGAUUCAAACUGAGAAGUGGUCUAUAUAAGACGUCAUACCUCUGUUCUUUUUUUCAGUGUCAGCAGUCUGAAAGAUUGGAAUAUAUUUGUGUAUAUUUACCAAAUUUUCACUUUUUUUUUAUUUUUAUGAAAGAUGGUCUAUUUAACAUGUCCUGUACUCGUAUGUUUCAAUGGGAUGUUUUUCAUAAAAAUACUGGCACUACAAGUCAAUAAAGUACUAUUUUUAAGUCAA